AUGUGGAAGAGAACUUUACUCGGCGCCGUCGGCGCAAUCCACCACACACGCUCGUUAUCAACUCGCGGCGGAGCCACCAUAUCUUCCGCCGUAGACUCCAUGAUUCUCCGCUCCCUCAAGGAUCAUUACAUGGAAGUAGCCAAAAUGAACAUGCCCCCUAAAGUGAGUCCUCCAUCGUCCUUCACCAUCGUGAAGGGAGCGCUUGAUUCGGAGGGUCCAGUCUUGACGCGAAAUCAUGGCGACGAAGAGAUUAGCAUUUACGUGAUGCGGUUGGCGAAUGUCGAUGACGAACAAAGCGGUGAUAUGGAUCAGUUGUUUGUUCAUGUUGAUGUAUCGAAACCUGAACAGAAGGAAUCGUUGAAUUUUCUCUGUGCUUUGUAUGAAGAUGCGCUUGGGAUUCACUCUGUUUCCAUGAGACCUAAGCUUCAACAGUCUGAUGGAUAUAUUCUUGCUCCCACUGAGUAUGCUGGUCCUGUUUUUGAAGAAUUAGAUGAAAAGAUGAGAGAUGCAUUUCACAAUUACAUAGCGGAGCGAGGCGUAAACGAUAGCCUCUUUAAAUUUCUUCAAGCAUGGCUAUAUGUGAAGCAACAUCGAAAUUUAAUGCGUUGGUUCAAGACAGCGGGCUUGUUCAUUGAUGGGAAGAAGGCAGCUACAGGGGCUUAA